CACCGGCCCAGUGCUCCCGUGUCUGCCUCGGGCCGGGCUUCCCGCCAGGGAGUGGGGGCUAUGGGAGGGGAGAGGGGACCCAAGAGGGGCGUGCGUGUCCCUCCUCGUCGUCUCGCUGGGUCUGUUGAUGUCCCACGGUGUUGGUCAGUGUCGGUCUGUAGUAACUUUACAGACCUUUGCUCUUUAAGGCUCUUGUCUGUCCCGGUGCCUGGUGCCCCUCGUUCUUACUCUGCCCGAGCUGCGCUCCGGGUGAGUUGGCGCUCACCAGGGUGAAGGAGCGGUCUCGGCUUUAAGAUCCUACUGACUUUCGUUCCUCAUUUCGAAGCAAUGUUCUAAGAAUGUCAUCAGGUGUCCAAAUAAAACCAAAGGCUGCAAUACAGAAAAGCAAAACAUCUCCUUUGCCAUGUUCUCCAGAACCUGCAAUUAAACCACAGCCAAAGCCUAGUGACAAGCUGAAUCCUAAAACUAUUGAUCCAUUUGGUGUUCAUUCUCAACCAUCUUCUGUAUUUGCUGCAACAUAUGCUAAAGGUGGCAUUCCAUGCAGGUUAGUGCAUGGCUCAGUGAAGCACAGAUUGCGAUGGGAAUGCCCUCCUGAAACUGUUCCUUUUGAUCCUCUUCUUGUAACAUUGGCAGAGGGCCUAAGAGAGACAAAACAUCCCUAUACAUUUGUUUCAAAGGAGGGUUUUAAAGAAUUACUGAUGGUCGAAGGUGCUGCUGAAAAAGCAGUUCCCUUGUUGCCUCGUCUAGUGCCAGUGCUAAAAGCUGCAUUGGCCCAUUCAGAUGAAGAAGUAUUUGGAAGGGGAUUGGAUGCUUUAGUUCAACUGAGUGCAGUUGUUGGCCCAUCUCUUAAUGAUCAUCUUAAGCAUCUACUCACAAAUCUUUCGAGGAGAUUAACGGACAAGAAAUUUAGAGAAAAAAUUACUGUUGCUUUACAAAAGUUGGAGCAAUAUGGUGGAAAGGCAUCUGUGGCUAUCAUCAAAUCUAAAAUCCCAACCUAUUGUAGUAGCUCCUCUUGAAGGAAGAAACCUAUAGUGAUUUAUACUAUAGAGGAAGUCUGGAAAGAAACUGCCUGUCAGGAUUUCUUUUUUGGAGUAUGGUAUAUUGUCUUAAAAUAAUAACAAUUCUACAGUAUGAUGGAAAGUGAGAAAAGUCCUGAAAGUUUGUGAAUCUGUCAUUUUGGAAGGCUCUUUAACAAUUCUCUCUGUAUUGCUGCUGUUUGCCCAUGCAUUGUGCUUAAAAUGGCAUUGACCUGCUAUUAUUUCAGAAGCAGAGUAAAUAUUGAUGCUUAUUUUGUUGUAAAUCACAAUUUCCUUCAAUUGAUCUGCAUUCCUUAAUAUGUAUAUUUGUGUGAUGCAAAAUAAUUUGUCUGUAAUUAACUUGGUGUUAAAUUACAUAUGUAUACCUGCUUCUGUAACUUCAUUUCUGGCACAGGCACUCAUGGAUGCAGUUUGGAUUCAUCAGAACUUCCUGCAUUAGAUGUAGAACUGUGAGAUCCAGAUUAUUGAGAGUCAGCUUUUAAAGGAUGAAGCUGAAUGCACUGAACAGGUAGCAUAUGGUGCAAAGCUGAACUUGUUCACUGUAUUCUCAGCACAUUGUUUUGAGAAGCUGGAGAAGUGCUGAAUGAGCUGAAUGCUUGAGACUUGAUUGUGAAUUUAGCUCCAGAUGAGCUAAUAAACUUUUGAAUGUGGAAACUAUGAAAAAAAAAUUAGUUAAUAUAAUAAUUAGAUCACAGAAGCCAUCUUACCUGGCUGUCAACUGCUGUUCUAGGGUGCAAUGUUUGUCCAUGAAAAUCUUUGAACUUGAUUGCAAAGUAAUUCCUAGUGUGUUUUUUAAUAAGUACUGUUCAGGGUUUAUGUUGUUAGGGGGAUCUGAGUGACUCUCUGAGGGAGAGCUGACUGAAGUAACAAAAUUUGCCAUAGAAUUUUUACCUCUUAGGAAAAUUCAAUUCCAGAAUUUAAGGCUGUUGGAAGAUGUUUUAUUAAAAAAUAACUCUCAUUAGAGGAUUAAACAAGUAGCAGCUGAAAGCAAUUUCAGAUUAUUUUUUUUUUUUUAAAUUACCACAACUUGGCUAAACUGAAUUGACUUCAGCACUCUAAGGUCUUUGCUGAGAUCAGACUGUGCUUAGCCAAGAUUCAUGUGAUUUUUUUUAAAAAAUUCAUUUUGUUGGCAAAAAUGUUUAAAGUAAUACAAGUAUGUGUUUAACAACUCAAAAAAUGAUCAUGCUCUUUUUUCUUCAUGUUUACUUUAUUUUUUAGUUUUUUACAAAAUGUGCACAUUUAGUUUACACAAACACACUACAGCAGAUUUCAGGUGUACAUGUAUUGUACUACUCUUACCCUACACUGGUGAUAGCAGAGCAGCCUUCAACAUGCCUCUAACAUCCCACCUCUACACCAGAAUAGAUACCUGAAUUAUUUUUGCAAAAUAAUGCUUGCAACAUUCUUUCCACCUCAUUAAUCCCCUUUCUGCAGCGAUGUCACAAUGAAGAUUGGCCUAUCUUUGAUAGCAUUUCACCUAUUUUGAAGUAUUAGCAUAAACUCUGUGGACAAUGUAUCUUAAAAAUUACACAUAUUGAGGGGCAGUAUUAUAUUUUAGGUACAUACAUUUUUAGAAAAAAAAAAAAAGUCUUCCUAGGUUCAGAAUUAAGGUAGCUCCUAUCUUAAUGAAGAAACAAUCCUAAAAAAAAAAUGUAAUACAGUUGUCACAUAUAGAUGAUGUUAUAUAGCUGAAGUUUCCAGGUUUUUUUUCCUGAUUCUGUCUCAUAAUUAAAGACAUUACAGAAAGCUGAAACAGAUGUUAGCCUGUCUAGCAGUCAGUAUUUGUAGGUGUUACUACGUAGUGAUAUUCAUUCUGAGCACCAAAGGAGGAUGGAAGUUUCAGAAGAAGUUCAUGCCUUAUUCUUCAUGAAAGACAGAAAGUCACAUAUUCAUGAAAACAAUGUUAGGAUCCACUUUGAAUUUUUCAUUAAGAAACUGUAAGUCCUUAUGUCAAAGAUCCUUAAUUUUAAGCAAAGAACUUUGCAGAUACAUCCAAGAAGAAUUAGGAAUACACUCUGUAAGACUCCCAAUAUCCAUGGUUUGAUAAAUUCAAAUUUACACUACAUAAGUGUGAUUGACAGAAGCUUACUCAUAUUUAUUAAGGAGUAAAUCUACCCAUAAAAAAAUUCUUAUUUUGUUCUUUAACAGUUCUUCCUCUUAAGUUAAUCUGUUUUGUUAGGUUUGGGGUUUGGUUUGUUUUUUUUUUACUUUAAGAGAAAAGUCAAAGGUGGAAGGCAAUUGCAGCAAGAUGUGCAUUGCACAUGGAUUACAGCACUUUAACUCAAAGUAUUAUUCAAAAAAUGAGGACUACACCAUAUAACUGUGAAAAGAAAAUACAUGGUAAUGCCUCUGUAGAAAUUAGUAGCUAAGAUUUAUGAAAUACACUCAACUGGAACUUAAUCCAGUAGAAAUGAGUAGCAAAACUAAGAGUAUUUAUUUAAUUUCCUUGUGAUAGUAUCUAUUUUAUCUAGGGGUUAGAAUGAUAAUAAAGCUGCAUAAUGUCAGGUCUUAUUUUGUUUGGGUUAGAAAUAAAAACCUGACAUUUCAGAACAAUCUUGUUAACUAAGGUAGCCACUGGUGAAUUGCUAAAUUGUAUAUUUUACA